GUUGGGAGGUCUGCGUUUUCAGAUUCACGCAAACGUAGCUCGUGUGAAAUUGUGAGGAACGAGGCUCCAGUAAGACACUCGGGCAGGUUUCCAAGUGCAACACGAGUGUGGGGAGGGGCAGUUAGUCACGCGGGCGAGCGCCAAACAAACAAAACACGUGCAACAGAAAACUAAGUUCUGGGAGACGGCCCGGAAGCAGCUCAAACCAGGAAGACAACCGUUGUGUCCUGUGUUGCCAGGACGCCCACGGCCCGGUAUAAAGGCGGCCCAGGCAAGGAGCCUCCAGACGUCCCCGCCCUCCUCCCUCCCGGACACCGGCCGAACCCCACGCCAACAUGUGCCACACCAGCUGCUCCGCGGGCUGCCAGGCUUCCUGCGGCUCCUUCGGCCCCUGCCAGGCGUCCUGCUGUGUGCCCGUGAGCUGCAAGCCCGUGUGCGUGCCCGUGAGCUGCAGACUCGCCGUGUGCGUGCCCGUGAGCUGCAGGCCCGCGUGUGUGCCCUCCUGCCAGUCCUCCGCGUGCGUGCCCGUGAGCUGCAAGCCCGCGUGUGUGCCCUCCUGCCAGUCCUCCGUGUGCGUGCCCGUGAGCUGCAGACCCACCAUGUGCGUGCCCGUGAGCUGCACACCCACCGUGUGCGUGCCCGUGAGCUGCAAGCCCGAGUGUGUGCUCUCCUGCCAGUCCUCCGUGUGCGUGCCCGUGAGCUGCAAGCCCGAGUGUGUGCCUUCCUGCCAGUCCUCCACGUGCGUGCCCGUGAGCUGCACACCCGCCGUGUGCGUGCCCGUGAGCUGCAAGCCCGCGUGUGUGCCCUCCUGCCGGCCCUCCUGCCCCACCCUGGUCUGCAGACCCGUGUGCUGUAGCUCCCCGUGCUGCUUCUGACCAGGGGUCUCCUAACACCUGCUCCGGGGGCAGAGGGGGCCCCGCCCGUGCCCCUCCGGUGAGGACCAAGCCUUCGCCGGGCCUCCAGUUCUGCGCGUGGCAGGUCAAACACUCCCGAUGAAUCGUCUGAACCCUGGGGCGAGGACGGAGCAGGACGAGCGGAUCCCCCCGUGACCCUGCGUGUCUCCGCCGGGGUCCUUCUCUGUCUCCGGCAGGGAACCCAGCCCGUGUGAGCCCAAUAAAUCGUGCCUCCCUGA